GGAAAAUCGAUAAGCAAUUGAUAUAAACCAGAAUCCAUAAUGACAAGCAAACGGAUGAUUUGGAUUGAUAAACAAAGGGUAUGCACAACGAACAAGCAAAAAAAACUGAGAGUGAAAUCGACAUUAUGGGCGUGAGGGGCGAGACGGGAGUGGAUAUAGAACUUUUAUGCACAAGAAAAAAGAACAGAUAAACGGGCAGAAAUGCUAGGAACGGCAGUGUAGACGGGACGUAGUGCAACGAAGACGGUGAACGUGGAAAAAAAGAAAACAAGCAUUUUCGUGAACGGAGACAGAAAGUAUAUAAGCAAGAACGGGCGUUCGUAAAUCCCAUGAACAGCAAGUCAAUCCCAAAAGGCUCAAAACACAGACGCAUACUCGAGGACGUGCAUACGUACGCAACGCCGAAGGCCCCUCUUCAUUCCAUUCACAUAAAAUCUCGUAAAUGUUGAUCCACAGACACUCUUCCGCUGUCGCAGGCGUCCAUGCGUCGCAGAGGCACCAGGUCCACAUGUCGAACAGCAGGGCAGACCGAUCCCGGGCACACAUUGCGGAACGAACACAACGGAAGACGGAUUCCUCAAGCCCACUCGACAGCAUAGGCGCCCAUUUGUGGCAAACCGCCAACGCUGCGACGAAUGGCAUCACCAAGGAACAGGAACACCACAGGCACGACAUCGAUCGCGCCCCUGGGAUCGCCGCGCGCAAGGAACACGCGCGAGCUACAGAUAGAACACCGGUGGGGAACUCGGGGGUGGCUGAUGGGGACGCACGACACCGCGCAGACGCAGAGUGGCACUCGUCUGUGAAAACUGGAAAGAAUUCGAAAAGGGGACUAUGCAUUCCAAAGCGUGUAGCCCAAGAAAAGGAUGCGACGUAAUAUUCAAAACCGACAAAUGAUGCACAGCGAAUCGAUGAUACCGAACGAGGCGGCAUGAUGCAGCGCCUCUGCGUCUAUGAGGGGAACGGAUUCAUGCAAUCAUUAGCGGUGGGAGUGCAGAGUGCGGUGGUGGCGUGUAAGGCCAGCAGGCCAGCAGGGGAGCCGUGCGCGUGAAGGGCGAGUGGGUAAUGGUGGAG